GUGUUCUCAUCGCCUUUGGUUUCGUCGGUUUCUGCAAUUUCAUUCUGCAGUUUAUAUUUAACGGGUUAAUUCACUGCGAAAUCGUUGGAAUUUAUUAAUAAUUUGCAGUAGUUUUUCAAAAUGAGCUCUAUCGGUACUGGUUACGAUCUGUCGGCAUCUCAAUUUUCGCCUGAUGGAAGAGUUUUCCAAAUUGAGUAUGCCGCAAAGUCGGUCGAGAACAGUGGUACCGUCAUUGGACUUCGUGGUAAAGACGGGGUUAUAUUGGCGGUGGAAAAGCUCAUUACCAGCAAACUGUACGAACCGGAUUCGGGAACUCGAAUUUUCACUAUCGACACUUCUAUUGGAAUGGCCAUCAGUGGAAUGAUUGCAGAUGGACGCGCUGUUGUGGACAUUGCACGGCAGGAAGCUUCCAACUACCGACAGCAGUAUGACAGACCGAUUCCACUAAAGCAGCUCAAUGAUCGAUUGUCCAGUUAUUUCCAUGCUUACACGUUGUACAGUGCCGUACGACCCUUUGGUGUAAGCGUUAUUCUUGCUUCGUGGUCCGAAGAAUCCGGUCCAGAAAUGUAUAUGAUUGAUCCUUCCGGAUUCUCGUGUGGCUAUUUCGGAUGUGCUGUCGGCAAAGCAAAGCAAACGGCAAAAACGGAAAUUGAGAAAUUAAAAUUAUCAGAAAUGUCCGUGAACGAUUUGAUUACUACUGCUGGGAAAAUCGUUUAUCAAGUGCACGAUGAACUCAAAGACAAGGAUUUCAAACUGGAACUGAGCUGGGUCUGCCAGGCAUCGGAAGGUCGUCACCAGGUGGUACCAAGCGAACUAUACCUAGCGGCUACCCGAGCUGGACAGGAAGCAGUCGAUGAGGACGAUAGUGAUAAUGAUAUCUAGAUUUUGGAUUUUGUUGUUUUGUAAGUUCAUCUGAUUCAUUUCGUAAAAAAUAAAAAAUAACAAAGGGCAAAA